AUGGAAGAAGAAGAGAAGUCCAUUACGGGGCAGACCCACAAGCUGCCUACCAUGCCCUCUCAUGCGUCUCUCACGCAUCCCCCUCCCUCUACUACCCAUCUACACAAUCGAGGGGAUCCUACUCUGGCUCCUUCAUUCAUUCAUCCAUCCGCGCCAAAGUCUUUAUCUCCAGGUUCUGAGCCUUUCUCAUCGCAUCUUUCUAGUGGCCACUUAGGGGAGGCGUUAGAGGGACACUUGAAGCCAAGUGACUCGGAGAGCAACUCCGCUUCCCAACACGCGAAGCGAGAUAGUCUUGUCGAACCUAACUCUGACUGGUCUGAUGAAGAGGUCAUGCCUCGGUCUGGUCUUCCAGUUGGGUCGCUAGCGACAGGUCUUUGCUACGAUGAGCGUAUGCGCUUCCACUGUGAAGUCCGUCCCACCUCGGACGUGCAUCCGGAGGAUCCACGUCGGAUCUGGUACAUUUACAAGGAGCUAUGCCGUGCUGGCCUUAUCGAUGACCCGAUGUCGACGCGACCCCUGGCUCCGAAGACCCUUCAGAGGAUCAAUGCGGUCAAGGCUACUCAAGAGCAGAUUACCAUGAUUCACACCGAAGCCCAUUACGCGUUUGUUAAGAGCACUCAAGCGAUGGAUGAUGAUACGUUGGUGAACUUGGAGAAGCAGAAAGAUUCUAUCUACUUCAAUGAUUUGACGUUUGCCUCUUCCAUUUUGUCUGCAGGAGGUGCUAUUGAGACUUGUCUGGCGGUUGCGCAGCGCAAAGUCAAGAACGCCAUCGCCGUCAUCCGCCCGCCUGGCCACCACGCCGAGCACAACGAGGCCAUGGGCUUCUGUCUGUUCAAUAAUGUCUCCGUUGCAGCACGUGUCUGUCAGAAGGAACUCGGUGAGAAGUGCCGUAAGAUCAUGAUUCUCGACUGGGAUGUCCAUCAUGGAAAUGGGAUCCAGCAAGCCUUCUAUGAUGACCCGAAUAUUCUUUAUGUCUCUAUUCACGUUCAUCAGAACGGCAAAUUUUAUCCCGGUGGUCCUGCAGGAGAUUGGGACCACUGUGGUGAGGGCCCAGGACUUGGAAGGAAUAUCAACAUUCCUUGGCCUGAUCAAGGAAUGGGUGACGGUGAUUACAUGUGGGCUUUCCAGAAAGUUGUGAUGCCCAUUGCUACCGAGUUCAACCCGGACUUGGUGAUCAUUUCGGCUGGGUUUGACGCUGCUGCCGGCGAUGUUCUGGGUGGCUGCUUCGUCUCCCCUCCCUGUUACGCUCAGAUGACCCACAUGCUCAUGACUCUUGCUGAUGGCAAGAUUGCUGUCUGCCUGGAAGGAGGAUAUAACUUCCGUUCUAUCUCCAAAUCUGCCCUGGCGGUGACCAAGACCCUUAUGGGUGAGCCGCCGGACCGUCUGAUGAACACUAUUCCCACAGAGGCUGCCAAGGCCACCGUCGGUCGCGUCAUGAGCAUUCAAGCUCAAUAUUGGAGUUGCAUGUUUCCGAAGCCACCAAUCAAUCCCGUGUGGGCAAACCGACUUCACGACGUCCUUCGUGACUACCAGUCCAAGCAACUUUACGAGGAACUCAAACUCACCCCGUUGUGGAUCUAUCGCACCGCCAUCUCCAAGUCAUUCAGUAAUCAAGUCCUGUCAAGCAACAACACUCAUAACCCAGUUCCCCUUAUCGUUAUUUUCCAUGAUCCCCCCGAGAUUAUGGGACAUCCUGACCCGGUGACUAGCCGAAUGGAUGCUCACAACACCUGGGUGGCGGAUGGCGAAAAGGACUACCUUGAAUGGAUCGUCAAAAAAGGCUAUGCCGUAAUUGACGUCAAUGUCCCCAAGCACGUUACUCGGGAGACGUCCACCGGCAGAUACGAGGACGAGGAUGAAAAUCGUUCCACAGCAACCGAAGAGCUGGCCAGCUAUUUGUGGGACAACUACAUCGAGUCUACCGAAGUCACCGAGAUCUUUUUCAUGGGAAUCGGUAAUGCCUUCUACGGGGUAGCCAACUUGCUUAUCAACCGAGAAAACCUUUACAAACGCGUUAACGGAAUCGUGUCAUUCGUGGCUGAGAACCCCGUUCGUGCGAUUGCAUCUCCCACGCAGACGUGGUUGUCUAAGUGGUAUCGCGAGAACUCUCUUGUAUUUGUCUCAGAGACGCACGGAGUCUGGGGCAACCCGGACCGCAAACCGUCCAAGCGCUAUGGAACCCUGAUCAAGUCCCCUGAGACACAGCUUAGCGAGAUGCUUGCUCGGCACAAGGACGAAGUAUUCGAAUGGAUUUCCGAACGUGCCGACGACGAGUCCGAGGAGGAAGGCGAGGAUGCUGAUCAGGACGCAGAGAUGAAGGACCAAUGA